GAAACGGCUUCAUACGGUCCGAUACGGCAGGAUAUGUAUACGUAAAUAAAAUAGAUCGUGGGGCAAUAGUGACUUUCCACCUUAAUGUAUUAGUGUCUAGCUUCUGCUCUUGGCAAAUCGCAGUGUCCAGUUCUCCAAGUACUGCGCUUGUGUUUAUGGCUUCGAGAAGCAUGAAGGUUCUGAAAGAUGCGGCGUCUGGGCUCAACAAGACGCUAUACGAGAGACUCGUCUGCCCACUUUCUAGGCAACCCUUGAGGUUCUGUGAGGAAACGAAUUCUUUGAUCAGUGAUGCUAUUGGUGUUUCCUAUCCUAUAAAGGAUGGGAUUCCUUGCUUAGUACCAGCGGAUGGCAAGAUACUUGAUACGGAUGCAAUAAAACCUGAAGAUGGUGGGGAAUCAUCAGGCAAGAGGGAAGCAGAUUGAGGAGGCAGAGGUGGUCGCUAGAUCAAUUGUGGAGUUUAAGGUAUGGUCACCAAUUGAGUUUUGCUAGUUUCUCGGCUUCUUGGCAUUGUUUUUUAAGUAUACUGUAACUUGUUCUUCCAUUUGUGAGCAAAUGCCAGAGGUAAGCAUGUAUGGGUUACUAGAGGAAUCUGGUAGUGCAAGGGAGGUUCUUUUAGAUCCUUCCAAGUGGAAAACAUUGUACUGACUACUGAAAUUUAUCAUAAAGUUUUCAUUGAACGG